CUUAGACCGAAGCAAACAUGUCUGCUGAGACCUUUGACCCCGCCCGCAAGCUCAACGUCGUCAUCAUUGGCCACGUCGAUGCUGGCAAGUCCACCAUGACCGGCCGUCUCAUCUACGAGCUCGGCGGCAUCGACGAGCGUGCCAAGGAGAAGCUCGAGCAGGCUGCUGCCGAGAACAACAAGGCCGGUUUCGCCUUUGCCUACUUCAUGGACACGUCCAAGGAGGAGCGUGAGCGCGGUAUCACCAUCGACUGCCAGACGUCGUCGUUCCGCACCACCAACUACGACUACUCGAUCACCGACGCCCCCGGUCAUGCCGAUUUUAUCACGAACAUGAUCACCGGUGCCGGCCAGGCUGACGUCGCGGUCCUCAUGGUCCCGGCUGACGGUAACUUCGAGGCAUCGAUUGCCAAGCCGUCCGGCAUGAUGGCUGGUGGCCAGACCCGCCAGCACGCCAACCUCGCCAACCUGCUCGGCAUCAAGCAGCUCGUGGGCGGCGCCUACAACGAGGCUCGUUUCAACGAGAUCCGCGAUGAGGUCUCGCGCAUGAUCGACGAGGCUGGCUUCCACUCGGCCACUGUCCCGAUCAUCCCGGUUUCCGGCUGGGUUGGUGACAACCUCACCUCGCCGACCGAGAACAUGCCGUGGUACAACGGCUGGUCCGGCCGGUACGGCUACACCGCCAAGCGCAAGAAGAAGGGCUUCGAGAUUGUCGGCGGCACCGAGAUCAAGGGCAAGACCCUUGUCGAGGCGCUCGACAACUACAUGCGCAUCCCCGACCGUGACGCCAACGGCCCGCUCCACCUUUCGGUUUCGGGCUCGCGCCUCAUCCCGGGCCAGGGUCUCGUGACCAUGGGCCGGAUUGAGAUCGGUACCAUCCGCAAGGACGACGUCGUCGCGCUCGCGCGCAACGGCCUGUCUGGCAAGACCUUCUCGAUCCAGAUGCACCACCAGGACGUGGACGCCGGUAUUGCUGGCUUCAACGUCGGCAUUGUGGUCAAGUUCCCGAAGGGCACCAAGCCGAAGCAGGUCAAGCGUGGUGACCUCCUGUACCGCCCGGCUGACUACGCCGACAAGCAGGAGCUCCUCCCGCGCCGUGUCAAGUCGUUCCGCGCCAUGAUCCGCGUGCAGAACCACCCUGGUGACCUCAAGGUCGGCUUCUGCCCGCAGAUGUGCGUGCGUACCGGCCGGUGCGCUUCGCGCAUUUCGGAGAUCCACUGGGUGAUGGGCAAGCGCACUGCUGGCCAGAAGCUCGAGAACCCGGAGUUCGUCCGCAAGCACGAGAUGGCCGAGAUCACCUUCGAGCCGCAGGGCUUCCUCUACUGCGAGACCUUUGAGCGCUCGGAGUCGUACGGCCGUGUUGCCGGCCUCGAGUCGAAGACCCUUGUCUUCAUGGGCAAGAUCAUCGAUGUUGAGUACGCUUAA